AUGGCCCUUUCGUAUCUAACAAAUUGGAAAUUUGCGAACGAGAAGGUGAUGGGGAGAAUGGAGGAGGGAGUUGAGAUGUUGAAGUGGAAGCCGCCGUGUCUUGGUCGUGUAAAGCUGAAUGCAUAUGCUGCUUUUGAUGAAGGAAAUAAUGUGAUGGGCUUAGGUUGGGUCUUACGAGAUGACGAUGGUCGGUUCUUGGCGGCAAAAAGAAUGUGUGUCCUGGGAAAGUACGAGGUUAAAGAGGCUAAGGCGGUUUGUGUUCGUGAAGCUCUCAGUUGGAUGAAGGGGACAAGCAUAGGGGACGUUGAUGCGGAGACAGACUUACAGCUGGUUUAUUAUGCUUUAUGUUCGGACUCUUUUAAUUCUGUUUUUGGUUUUAUUAUUGACGAUGUUAAAGAUGUUGCAUCCAUGAUAGAUGGUGUAGACUUCUAUUUUGUGAAGCGAUCUACGAAUCGUGCUUCCCACACUGUUGCUCGGGAAGUCGUUUCUAUGUCAAGUUGCGGGCAGUGGUUCGACGACCCUCCUCUUUAUCUUGUUGAUUGUUUUCUUUCUGAUUUAACGAAUUAA